AUGGAUUACUUCGACAAUGAAGAUACAUCCGGGAAGGAGAUCUCCUCUAAUGAGAUUGAACAUGCAGUUGCGGAUGAGAGCUGGACCCCUGAGGAGGAGAAGGCUCUGGUCAGAAAAGUUGAUUUGAUGCUGUUGCCGGUGAUAUGGGUCAUGUACCUGCUUUCCUACAUGGACCGUACAAACAUUGCCAAUGCAAAGGUAUCCGGAAUGGAAGUGGACCUUAACUUGACCUCGAACGAGUAUUCAGUCGCCCUGGUGGUGUACUUUGUAGGCUACGUUGUAUUUGAAGUGCCUAGCAAUCUCGUUUUGGCUCGCACUCGGCCUUCGAUCUUCCUCCCUGCAAUCAUGGUUUUGUGGGGCGUCCUCACCUGUCUCAUGGCCGUCAUCAAGAGCUACGCGCACCUUGUUGUUCUUAGAAUCCUCGUUGGAAGUGUUGAGGCCGGAUUUGCGCCUGGUGUUCUCCUCGUUCUAUCAUCUUGGUAUAAGCGCACCGAGCAGUCCAAGCGGUUUGGUGUGUACAUUUCAGCUGCAGUUCUAUCCGGAGCCUUUGGCAGUCUCAUUGCUGCGGGUAUUGUGGAUGGUCUAGAGGGCGCCCAUGGUCUUCGUGGCUGGCGGUGGUUAUUUAUUGUUGAGGGUGCUGCCACCAUUGGCUGUGCUUUGAUUUCCAUUUUCAUCCUUCCUGACUUCCCUGCUACCUCGAGAGGUCUGUCUGAGCGCGAGAAGCACAUUGCUGUGGCGCGGUUGGCGACCGAGAACGUGACUGCGGUGACAGAAGAUACUGCCCUCUUGAGCAAUUGGGGUGCUGUCAAAGUUGCCGUGAGAGAUUGGCGCACCUGGGUCUUUGUUGUUGGGUACAUGGUUAUUGUUGGAUCCAGCACCCUCACCUACUUCUACCCAACCCUCGUCAAAGGCCUCUUCGGCGAUGCCUCCACUUAUAAGAUUAACCUUCUCACCGUCCCAAUCUAUGGGGCGGCUUUUGUCGCCACUGGCUUCACAUCAUACUUCAGUGACAAGGUGCCAAACUGGCGGGGGCUGAUUAUUGCCUGCUGGUUGACCUUUUCUCUCAUAUGUUCGAUAAUUGUGUGUGCAGUCUACAACUACACGGCCCGGUAUGUCUUGCUUGUAUUGAUGGCAUGUGGUCUCUGGGCUACCAAUGGAGGUACAUUAGCAUACGCAUCAUCAGCCUUUGCUGGCAUGCACCCGAAGGCUCGAGGUGUCAGCUUGGCCUUGGUGAAUGCGAUGGGAAAUUUGGCGCAGAUCUAUGGAUCGUACUUGUUCCCGGACUCUGAUAGCCCCAAGUAUAUCAUGGGCUUCUCGGUCAUCUCUGCGAUGCUAGCGCUGGGAGUGGUUGUGUUCAGUGCUUUGCACAUCUGGUUCCGCCGCCGCACAAAGUCGUAUGUUGAGGAAUGA